UCAUCACAGAGCCGAUUGAAUACUUAAAAAUUUAGACUUUUAUCAGUUUUUUCUUUUGGGUUAGGUUGGGUUUGAUUAUCUAUAUGUUAUUUUUGCUGAUCAAGAAGAGUUGAGAAGAUAUUCCAUUGGCAACGAUAUCCUCAUAUUUCUGUGUAAUGCUUUCUUACGCCAUUAAUUUUAUCCAGUAGUUGAAUUUGACUGUGUCAAUAAUCUUUUGAAGAUAUAUAUAUAUAUAUAUUUAUAUGGAGAGGUUGAGCUACGACAAUGUAUUCGAGAUUCUGCUGACUCUCCUCCGCCGUGGAUUAAACUACGGCGACGACGAGGAGAAAGAAUUGGUGAGAUGCAUGUGCGUCUCCAAGCUAUGGUACCGUGUGAUCUCUGAUAUUCUACGUCUGGUAUUGUGGUCGAACUCCCCAAUUACGGGGCUCUAUUAUAUCCGCAGUACAACCCUGAAACCUAAUAGCAUCCCUUUUGCUCUGCACACAGCCUCACGCUCAAACCAUACCACUCACUACGCAACCACCGCUGACCGAUUCCUUUACGACAGCCGCCCCAUCACAGACUUUUUCUUCAUUGAUUGUUGCAACGGCUUGCUUCUCAUAUUUGACAUCAUAUACGACACCUACUUCGUUUGCAACCCCUACACUAGGCGCCGCAUAGACAUACCCAAACCUCACCAUCAUCAUCAUCAUCAUCAUCAUUGCCCCUUUGCCAAAAACAUCUUAUGUGUGGCUCUCGCUUAUGAUCCUCUUGAAUCUAGUUUUUACAAAGUUGUUAUCAUCACAGCCACAGCCACAGCCACAACCACAGCCACAUGUAAUUAUAACAACAAUGACCAGCAUGACUCGAAUGAUGAUUUUGAGUUUAUUGACAUAUUCUCGUCCAGAACUGGUGAGUGGAAUCGAACCACCCUGAAACUUGACCCCUUCUUCAUCCGGGACUCAUUCUCCAGAUACACCGUACCUCGUGUUUAUUUUCACCGAGUUUUGUACAGGAUUUCAAGCUCUUUAAAACUUUCUUGCGUUCCUAUUGAUAAUAAUAAGGGCACCACCACCAUCGAUCUUCCUGCUAUUACUGAUGAUUCGAAUGUAGGCAUGGGAUGCCUUGGGGUGUCAAUGAGUAGAACCACUGCUUGUCUCUUGUACUGCAGACGUGAACGAACAACGUAUAGGGUUUGGUUGUGCCAUGUCGACGAUGGUAACGAAUGGAUUCCUACUUAUACUAUUUCAAUUGAGCAGUUGAAAACUCGAUGCACUAUCGGCCUAUUUAUUAGUGAUGACGAUAUAUUAUUGAUGGAACCGUGUGCGAUAGGCACAAAUCCUUGUGUGAUGUUCUUCGGCAUUCGAGGCACAAUUUUCAGCUAUAACUUCAAAACCAAUGUGCUCAAACUUGUGCACGAAACUCCAGUAGUGCCUGAUAAUUCCAGUUGCUUCUCCCCUGUUUUCACCUUCCGCGCCUGUCUCCUACCUUUUCAAGGCCUGGAUAAGAGGAAUAUAAUAAGCUCUACUCCAUCAUCACAUUCACAUCAGGCAUUCUCUAGACUUCAAAUGGGGUGGUGGAAAUCUCGAUUGUGGGCAGAUGAAAAUGAAUCAGCUACCAAAUCUUUUUUAAAUUAUUUUGUUUAUUCGGUAUUCUAAUUUCUUGUAAGGUAUUAUUUAGUGGGUAGGGAAAUAAAUUGUUCAACCGUUCAUUUUUCUUUAAAUAUUUUGUUUCUGGUGUGUUUUCUUACACAAUAAUGGUGGCUUUCACCCACUGUCACACUCUUUCUAGGGCAGUGUUUCACUAGUUUGGUUCAAUGGGACCACUCGAUAUGUUUGGUAUGGAUAUAUAGUUCUCUUUCAGUUUUGGAA